AUGAAGUUCGAGCUGGUCUCUCUAGGCGUUGUCUCUUUGGUGGUAUCGCUUGUUGCUUGUACCGAACCGGUAGCGCCAGCUGUGCAGGGUGACGUCUCAAAUACAUUAUCGAGUGAAGAAGGUAUUCAGGCCGGAUCCGACGCCACUCAGUCGUCUCUAUCAAGAUCACAAGAAACCGCGGACUCAUAUUUUCCCUGGACGCACAAACCAGUCUGCACAGAAUACCUCGACGGCAUAGGGGACAAACUGUGCGUCUAUACGAACGCAACAUUCAGUAACGGACGAGGGAUAUCCAUUUUCACGACGCCUAGAAUCGCACAGGAGUUUGCUGCUCUCCCGCCCUUCCAGGAUCCGAGUUCACUGUCCUCCCGGGGCAUUAACCCGGAACCGUCGGACGACACCCCGACCCAACCAUGGUAUACGGCUCUCAUUCGCGGCAAGGGCAUGGGCAUGUUAGCAUCUCGUGCCCUUCAGCGCGGUGAUUUGAUUACCGCCUAUACACCCUACUUGCUGGCGCACAUGGAGAAUGUCCUCUCCACGCAGGAUCGGGAGUACUAUCUCAGAUUGGCCGUGGACCAGCUCCCCACGGCGAGCCGGAACGUCUAUCUCGGCCUUGCGAAGACCUAUAACGAUCCCAGCGUCGUGGCCCAGGACGUGGUGAAAGCGAACGCGUUCGAGAUCCAGAUCGGAGGAUUAAUGCAUUUGGCCGUGUUCCCGGAGUCAUCGCGGUUCAACCACGCGUGCGCGCCAAACGCCCAAUACUUCCUCUCCAGCGACUUACUCACGCACUACGUCCACGCCGUGCGGCCUAUCGACGAGGACGAAGAACUCACCAUAUCCUACGCUCCGCCUCUCCGGCUCCACGCCGACCGUCAGCAGUAUUUCGAAAAUACCUUCCAAUUCACCUGUUCUUGUCCGCGCUGUGCCCCUGAGAGUCACGGUAGUCAUAAGCACCGCACACUCGAGGACAGCGAUAGGGCCACCCAGGAUAUCAUCGCCCUGCAGUGGGCGCUGGCGCAGUGGACGGCCAAUUCCACGGCUAGCGUCAAGAAGGCCGAGAUGCUCAUCAGGCUUUACAAGGAAGAAGGGCUCGACGCGUUUCUAGACGAUGCGUACGGUCAUGCUGCGCUGAUGUACAAUAGUGUGGGGAGUGCGAGGGGGGCGAAGAAGUACGCCAAGCUGGCGGCCGAGGCGAGUUGGUUGAAGUAUGGGUUUGAGAGUGUGGGGCAGGAUAAGGUCAGGGAGUGGGAGGGCAUUGCGAGGGAUCCGACAAGGCAUUCGAGUUGGAGGAGUAGGAAGACGGAGCUGUAA